UUGGAUCGAAUCUGUUUAAUUUCAGAACAAUUUACGGGUCAAACUUGACGUGGGCUUCCACUCACAUUUUUAAACAGAAUAAAGUAUCCACAAAAAAAGACUGAACAGCUAAUUGCACAAAAUUUACUCAAAAAAAGCUAAUUGCACAAAAUGGUAUAGAAAUAUAUAAUUGAAAAAAAAAAAAGAAGAAAAAGAAACUAUAUCCGAUGGCUAAUGAGAAGAGAAUAUUUUGGUACAGUUUGUUGUUAUUGGCUUCUGUUGCCCUUAAUCUCUUCUUCAUAACCAAUCAGUAUUAUUUAGGUACUGAGUUGAAAAGCCAGAAGCUGAGUUGGAGCUUAAAAGCUGCUGAAGAAGCAGAAGCUGUUGCAUCAAUUUCUUGCUCUGGGCAUGGAAGAGCUUUUCUUGAUGGACUUAUUGUUGAUGGAAAGCCCAUCUGUGAGUGCAACACUUGCUAUGGUGGCUCUGAUUGCUCUCUUUUCUCACCUGAUUGUUCUGCUGAUGCCAACAGUGGGGAUCCAUUAUUUUUGGAGCCAUUUUGGAUGGAGCAUGCAGCUAGUAGUGCAGUUCUUAUCUCAGGCUGGCACCGAAUGAGUUACACAUUUUACGACAAAUCUUUCAUCUCACAACAACUCGAAAACCACGUUCGUAGAGUACACGAAGUAGCAAAAAACGCAGUUACAAAAGGAAAAUACGUAUUAUUUGGUGUCGGUUCCACACAACUCCUUGCUGCAGCUGUGUAUGCUCUUUCAAUGAACCUAUCUUCGCCUGCAAGCGUCGUUGCAUCUUCUCCUUACUAUCCGCUUUACAAAUUUCAAACAAAUUAUUUCGAAAACAAGCGCUUCAAGUUUGACGAAGACACAUCAUUGUCGAGUAAUUCAUCGUAUAACACUGAGGCGAACGUGAUCGAAUUUGUGACGUCACCAAAUAAUCCGGACGGCAAUCUAAAGGAGGCCGUUUCACAAGGACCGUUAGUGAGAGUUAUUUACGAUCAUGCUUAUUAUUGGCCUCAUUUUAGUGCAAUUCCAUCCCCAGCUAAUGAAGAUGUCAUGAUAUUUACCAUGUCCAAACUCACCGGUCAUGCCGGAAGCAGAAUCGGAUGGGCUUUAAUAAAGGAUGAACAAGUCUACGAAGAUAUGAACACAUAUAUAUCGGUAUCGGAAAUGGGGAUUUCAAGAGAGGCUCAACUUAGGGCUCUGCAGCUUAUGAAAGCUAUUCUUGACGGAAACGGCACCGACAUUUUCGAUUACGCGUACAAGAAAAUGAGCUAUCGUUGGAAAAAACUAAGUGAGAUUGUGUCGUUGUCGAGCCGUUUUAGCAUCCAAGAAAUUCCGCCAUUGUUCUGCAACUUCUUUGAGAAAGUUAGAGGACCAUCUCCAGCUUAUGCAUGGGUGAAAUGUGAAAGAGAAGAAGACACAAAUUGCAAUGAAGUCCUUCGAGCAGGAAAUAUUAUCGGUAGGGAAGGUAGCUUGUUCAGUGACGAAGAUCGUUAUGUUCGACUCAGCCUUUUGAAGAGCGACGAUGACUUCAACUUACUGAUGGAUCACCUCAGCAAAUUAGUCGCCGAGGAAAACGGAGCAAAAACCGCGUGGAUAUUUUAAAUGGUCGAUUAAUCCCGAGUUUAUUAGCUGUUUGUGUAAGUGAUGAAUAUGAAUAGGUCAUGUCUAUUGACCUUUCUCUAUGUACAAAAGCAAAUUUGUAAGUCUCAUUAAUUAGUGAAUGUUGUAAAAGAUCUCCUA